AUGAAGCCACCUUUGGGCUAUGAUAAAGCCACUUCUGAUGAGGUGUGUCAUCUUAAAAGGUCUCUUUAUGGCCUUAAACAGGCUUCCAGAGAUCUUCAAGGUGAAUUUAUUGUUUUGCUGGUUUAUGUUGAUGAUAUGCUCUUGACUAGCACUUCACAAACACAAAUUGAUGAAAUAAAGGUUGCUUUGGAUCAAGCCUUUACUAGUAAAGACUUGGGUGAACUCAAAUAUUUUUUCGGGAUUGAGAUCAUUAAAAAUACCUCAGGAAUCAUGCUUAGCCAGAAGAAGUACAUCUUGGACAUGAUCAAAGAUUUAAAUCUUGAUCAUUCUAGACCUGUUAGCACUCCUUUACCUAAAGGAUUGGGUUUAUCUACUGAAUUAGGUGAUGUAUUAGAGGAACCAGAACAGUACAGAAAGUUGGUUGGUAGGUUGUUGUAUCUUAACAUCACAAGGCUUGAUUUAUCUUAUGCUACUCAACACUUAAGUCAAUUCUUAAGUUGUCCCAGGAAACCACAUUUACAGGCAGCAAUGUAUGUUGUUAGAUACUUAAAAAGUACUCUUCAUCUUGGAUUGUUUUAUUCUGCCACCAGUGAUGAUGUGGUUAAAUCUUAUAGUGAUGCAGACUGGAGAACAUGUUUGUUUACUAGCAGAUCUCUAAGUGCCUACUGUAUUUUUGUUGGGAAUCAUUUGGUGUCUUGGAAAACUAAAAAGCAGAAAACUGUCAGCAAGUCAUUUGCUGAGGCAGAGUAUGGAAGCAUGUCUAGUACUGCUUCUAAAGUGGUUUGGCUUGAAGGAUUAUUGCAAGACUUAAAAGUGCAUGUUUCUCUUCCUAUUUAUCUAUACUAA